AGUGAGGGAAGAGUGGAUGGUGAGAUCGACAGGCGGAUCGGUGCGGCGUCUUCAGUAAUGCGGACGCUGUAUCGAUCCGUUGUGGUGAAGAAGGAGCUGAGCCGGAAGGCAAAGCUCUCAAUUUAUUUGUCGAUCUGGGUUCCCAUCCUCACCUAUGGUCAUGAGCUUUGGGUUAUGACCGAAAGGACAAGAUCACGGGUACAAGCGGCCGAAAUGAGCUUCCUCCGCCGAGUGGCAGGUCUCUCCCUUAGAGAUAGGGUGAGAAGCUCUGUCAUCCAGGAGGAACUCAGAGUAAAGCUGCUAAGCAGACUUUCCUCUCCCCAGCCACUUCGUCCAGCUCUUCCCGGGUGAUCCCGAGGCGUUCCCAGGCCAGCCAGGAGACAUGGUCUUCCCAACGUGUCCUGGGUCUUCCCCGUGGCCUCCUACUGGUCGGACGUGCUCUAAACACCUCCCUGGUGAGGCGUUCGGGUGGCAUCCUGACCAGGUGCCCGAACCACAUUAUAUAAAGUUUGUAAAUCAAACUUGGAAAUUGUUUUAAGUUAUCUUAGAACAUUGUAUUGUUCUAUUUUAAAUAUCAGGUGUAGUGUGCAGAAGGUUUGUACAGUUUAACAAAUCUGAUCAGGUUCUGGUUUAAUGAGAUUUUCUGGGUGUGUAAGCCCAUAAUGGGAGUGGCAUGGCAGAAGGUGCACUUUAAAAUACUGAGACAAGCAUAAAUUGUAUGGUGUCUUUUGUUUUUAUACAGAUAAUGAAACUAGGAAUAGAAAUGUGUGAUUCUAUGAUUCUCUUGUUUUUCAACAAAUAUGAAAAUGUUGUGUUAAUGGCACCAAAUGUAUGACUUGAAGUCAUUGCCAGUAUUUGCUGAGGCUUCCUGCUUCUUGCAUCAGACUGAUGAGUCACUGGUGGGACGGACAACUGCAGCAGGCAACAGUAUUGUUAUUGUUUUGGACUGAAUGCCUUGCAUAGAGGAAGUAGUGACAGGUGUUUCCAGCCAUUUCCACUGCAGGUAUGGAUCUAGAGGAGCAAGAAAACGAGCUACUUGCUAUUCAUAGCAUUCUGAGUUCAGAGGAGUUUGUCCGGCACGGACUUAGGACUGCCGGAGAAAUAAGAGUGUUGACUGAACUGCCCUCUGGCUUCCUGGUGGCACUCGGAGAAGGUGACACCCGGACGCAGCACGAGAUAUCAUUCCUUCCAGCGUUGCAUCUGGCCUUUGAGUUCCCGGAGGAUUAUCCCUCCUCAUCCCCUCCCUCCUUCACUCUCUGCUGUAUCUGGCUGACACACAAACAGCUUGCUUCUUUAGGGUCUCACCUCAUUGAUCUCUAUCAAGCCACUGGAGGUGACGUGGUGAUCUUCUCCUGGGUACAGUUUCUAAGGGAGGAUACUCUCGGAUUCCUCAACAUCCGUUCUCUGCUGGAACUCCCCAAUGAACGCAGCAGCCCGUACAACAGCGAGGACACAAUUUCCGCCUCCAUCUCGGAAACCAAUCAAAUCCCCCUCACCUCAGGGUCCAAAGACGCCGAACGUUGUCACCUUUCAGAUCAUUUGAUGGACAAUAGUCAUGAAGACUCUCGAGGAGCCGUAGCCCCCGAGUCCUGCAAAUCCCGUAAGGAUUCUUCCAUCCCGCUUGGUGAAGAAGAAGCAUGUGGAAAAGGAGCUGGAAACGCUUCUGCUUCCGACCAACCAGUCUCUGAUCUCUCCCUGACUCCAGCACAAGCUCUUAUGUCUGAGAUAUUGGUCCACGAUGCAGCUCAAACACACAAGGUUUUCCAAAGCACAGUUUUUGAUUGCUCAGUGUGUUUUCUGAGCUACCUGGGUUCCGAGUGUGUACGGAUACAAGAGUGCGGCCAUGUCUUCUGCCAGGCCUGUCUGGCUGAGUUCUGUAAGCUCCGGAUAACAGAGGGAAAUGUCCUUGGCGUCACCUGCGCUCAGGCAGGCUGCACAGCUUUCCCCACGCCUGACCAAGUGGAGAGUCUGGUGGGGGAGGAACUGUUUAGACGCUAUGACCGUCUUCUUCUACAGUCUACUCUGGACUGUAUGGCAGAUGUCAUUUACUGUCCACGGACCGCCUGUGGAUCGCCAGUCAUUCUAGAAGAAGCCAGCAGGUUGGCGCUCUGCUCUGUCUGUGGCUUUGCCUUCUGUGUUACCUGCAAGAAGACUUACCAUGGAAGAGAUGACUGCAGGGUGAGGGGGAAGCCUCAAACAGACGACUCACAGCAAGACGAUGCAGACCUCCCCCAGUCAGUUGUGGGUAUGGCGGCUCUCUGGGAUGACUAUACCAGUGGAAGUAAACAAAGAAAGCGCCUGCUAGAGAGCAGGUAUGGUCGAAGAAGUAUUUUGGGCCAUCUAGAGGACUCCCUCUCCGAGGACUGGAUUACUUCCAACAGCAAACAAUGUCCGUACUGCUUCUGCAAAAUACAGAAAGACAAAGGGUGCAAUGUGAUGAGGUGCGCAAAGUGCCAGCAAUCGUUCUGCUGGGCCUGCUUGGGAAAGCUUUCGUUUCAAAAUGUUGGCCAACACUUUGCGGAGGGUCCGUGUGUACAGUUCCAGUACCACCUCUGACCAACAGUCUCAGGAGGGACACAUUUUUGCUCACAAAGUAGGCCAUAAAUAGCCUUGCCAACUCCCUGAAAAGAACAAUAAGGGACACCUUGUAAGGCAAGUAGACCUGAUUUCUUAUGUUAUUUGUGUGAAAGGAGUUUUAUACUAUCUGCAAACGCUGAAUAAAGUUAACUGGACCUUAUUCAGAAGAGUCCAUUCGCAUCCAUGAAACUUUUUUGGAAUAUAUGACCUGAUGACUGACGAUCUACAUCAGGGAUGACCAAACCCCUGAAUGCAGCACAAAAUCAAUUUCAAUAAGCAAUCAGUCUGAAUGUGCUAGUGUCUUCAUGUUAAAUUUAAAUACCCGUGGGUCUGAUAGGUGGCAAAUUAUCACCAUCUUGUGGACAAUGUGAGAAACUCGGGUCAUUUUCUUACUUGAAAUCGCAAGCACAUAAUUUACUUAUGCGACACAAUACAAAUCAAUCAAAGUUUACUUAAAUAGCACUUAAUCACACAUGUCUCAAAGGGCUAUACAAACCACAACGACAUCCUCGGCUCAGAUCCCACAUCUGGGCAAGAAAAAACUCAACCCAAUGGGAACAACGAGAAACCUUUGGAAGGGACCGCAGAUGUGUAAUUGUUUGGUUGUCAGAUGUAAAGGUGGUUUUAUUAAAUAGGUGUCGGUGUCUAGCAGGACCGAUAAUCAGCAUUUCCGUUUUCUUAGCGCUAAGAUGCAAAAAGUUGCUGGACAUCCAUUGUUUAAUUUAAUUUAGACACACCUAUAGGUGACUACAAUCCGGCGUGUUGGUCAGCUUUAGGGGCAUGCAGAGUUGGGUGUCAUCAGCAUAACAGUGAAAGCUAACACCGUAUUUGCGUAUGAUGUCACCUAGCGGCAGCAUGUUGGUACUGAAGAGUGCAGGGCCAAGAACCGAACCCUGUGGAACUCCACUCCGCACGUUACCUUAACAUACUCUGAGGUCACAUUGUUAUGGGAGACGCACUGCAUCCUGUCAGUAAGAUGGGAGUUUAACCAAGAAAAGGCUAAGUCUGACAUACCAAUACGUGUUUUGAUACAUUUUAAUAGAAUGUUAUGAUCAAAGUUAUCGAAAGCAGCGCUAAGGUCAAGCGGAUGAGAUUGGAGUAGUAGCUAAGGAAAGCAUGACUUUAUAAGUUAAUAAACUAUCACUCCAUGUUUGAUGAAAAACCUAAAGUUUAGUCGCACGCCGUUUGCGUUCCAGCUUUCCACAAGAUUUCUUCUGUAAACCAGUGGGUACGCCUUUUAGGGGCCUUUUUUUAGCUUUAGCGGUGCUAUACUAUCAAUGGUGAGGUUAUCGAUAGAGCCCACAUAAUUUGGAAAUGGUGCCAUUACCGAAGGCAGUAGACCAGCAAGAGUCAUAGUUGCGAGAGCAUUAAUGUUGCAGCUGCUUAAAGCUUUUAAGGGGACGGGCAAUAUGUGCACUCGUGUAGUUAGGGACAGAUGCCUCGUUAAGCCAGAAAAAUUCAUCUGGUUUUAGCCAAGUUUCGCUCAGACCAAUGACUUUAAAGGCCUACUGAAAUGAAUUUUUUUUAUUUAAACGGGGAUAGCAGAUCUAUUCUA